ACUUAAAAUCCGACCAUGGAAUCUGGGGUGGGAAUUAAUUGGGUUCAUUUUUAGCUUGAGCCUGAUACAAUAUGACGCCGAUCUACGUUUCAUCAUCCACAGUUCCAGCGAAGAAACAAGUCAAUGACAAGCAACGUACCAGAAUUGCUUAAAAAGUCAUGGCAGCCCUCUCGUGGAUAAUUUUGGGGAACCACCAUCAUCCGUUCAUUCAUGGUCUCUUCCUGUGAUCUGAAAGGGACGAACCUUGGGCCAACAACAACAGGAACCACAACCACGACAGCUUCAACUCAACCGAAUACGACUUGAGACACCAGAAUAUCGCACGCAAAGGGGGGUCACGAAGCAAACAAGACAAAAAAAUGGCACCAAUUCCAAAAUUCAGAGACGAAAGCGCAGGGCGCACCCCCAAGGACUCCAGCGAGUCUCUGAUGGGCCACCAGGAGGAGGAGGAACAACAAUGGCAGAACAACCAAAGUCGACGCCGCUCGCGCGUGCAACGCAUCUCGGAUGCCGUCGGCCCCUGGCGCUGGCUUAUCGACGGCAUUUUGUUCUUUGCGAUAAUCGGCCUGCUGCUCGAGAGGAGGUCAAGCACUGCACGUGGCGGGUACUGCGAGUUUGAGAGCACGGGAGACAUCACAGGGUUCGCACCCAAGGUCUCGCAACAGAUCAAGAAAUUCGUGCCCGACUUUGGCUUCUUCCCCGACAACGCAACCGAGUUCUCCUCGCCUGCCACGAAGAAGAAGUGGCUGGACUUGGUACCGAAAGGAUUGGGCUACGUCAAGAUUGACCACCCGGAGAGGCAUAACAACCUUCCCCACAAGCUGGUUGGGUUUCCAAACGCGACGGCGUACACGACGUCUGUGACGCAUCAGCUGCAUUGCCUGCACGCCAUCGCAUCAACAUACGCAAACAUGCGUACCAACACCACGGCGUCGGGCUCCAACAUGGACGAUAUGGCGCCCUGGCACGUCAACCACUGCUUCGAAUACCUCCGCCAAACCAUCAUGUGCUGCGGCGACACGGCACUCGAGGGGGAGGCGACCACGUUCCCGGACAACCAGACGGGCAGCGAUGGCUGGGACGCCACGCACGUCUGCAAGAAUUAUGAUCAGAUUUACACAUAUCUAGAGACGAACCGGGCGUUGGACGAGGUUUGGGUUUGAUGGCAUUGUGUUUUCUUUUUCGGCAUAGGACUGGAGUUUUUACUGGGAAUCGUUUCGAAAAAAAAUAAUUAUCAAGUUGUCCUCGGGCAAACGAUAAAAAUGCAUACAUUGGCUCUGAUCUUCCUCUCCGUCUUGUGCGCAGUCGGAC